GGCCGCGGACGGUGCGAAGCGGGCUGGACCCUUGGCUGACGGCGGGCGGGGGUCACAGCGAGGGGACGCCCUGAGGUCCUGUCUCCAGCCUCGAGCGAGGGAAGACCUCGGAAGGCAGAUCGCCCACCAUGUCCACGUUCAGGCAGGAAGACGUGGAGGACUACUAUGAGAUGGGGGAGGAGCUGGGCAGCGGCCAGUUUGCCAUCGUGCGGAAGUGCCGGCAGAAGGGCACCGGCAAGGAGUACGCGGCCAAGUUCAUCAAGAAGCGUCGCCUGUCGUCCAGCCGGCGGGGGGUCAGCCGGGAGGAGAUCGAGCGGGAGGUCAAUAUCCUGCGGGAGAUCCGGCACCCCAACAUCAUCACGCUGCACGACAUCUUCGAGAACAAGACGGACGUGGUGCUCAUCCUGGAGCUGGUCUCGGGCGGGGAGCUCUUCGACUUCCUGGCCGAGAAGGAGUCGCUGACAGAGGACGAGGCCACGCAGUUCCUCAAGCAGAUCCUGGACGGCGUCCACUACCUGCACUCCAAGCGCAUUGCCCACUUCGACCUCAAGCCAGAAAACAUCAUGCUGCUGGACAAGAACGUGCCCAACCCGCGGAUCAAGCUCAUUGACUUCGGCAUCGCCCACAAGAUCGAGGCGGGGAAUGAGUUCAAGAACAUCUUCGGCACCCCCGAGUUCGUGGCUCCGGAGAUUGUCAACUAUGAGCCCCUGGGUCUGGAGGCAGACAUGUGGAGCAUUGGCGUCAUCACCUACAUCCUUCUGAGCGGCGCCUCCCCGUUCCUGGGUGAGACGAAGCAGGAGACCCUGACCAACAUCUCGGCUGUGAACUACGACUUCGACGAGGAAUACUUCAGCAACACCAGCGAGCUGGCCAAGGACUUCAUCCGCCGACUGCUCGUCAAAGACCCCAAGAGAAGAAUGACCAUCGCCCAGAGCCUGGAGCAUUCCUGGAUCAAGGCGAUCCGGCGGCGGAAUGUGCGGCGCGAGGACAGCGGCCGGAAGCCCGAGCGGCGGCGCCUGAAGACAGCUCGGCUCAAGGAGUACACCAUCAAGUCGCACUCCAGCAUGCCCCCCAACAACACCUACGUCAACUUUGAGCGCUUCUCCAAGGUGCUGGAGGAGGUGGCGGCGGCCGAGGAGGGCCUGCGGGGGCUGGAGCACAGCCGGCGCCUCUGCCAUGAGGACAUCGAGGCUCUGACGGCCAUCUACGAGGAGAAGGAGGCCUGGUACCGGGAGGAGAACGAGAGCAUCGGCCAGGACCUGCGGCGGCUGCGGCAGGAGCUGCACAAGACCGAGGCGCUGCAGCGGCAGGCCCAGGAGGAGGCCAAGGGCGCCCUGCUGGGGGCCAGCGGGCUCAAGCGCCGCUUCAGCCGCCUCGAGAACCGCUACGAGGCCCUGGCGAAGCAGGUGGCCUCCGAGAUGCGCUUCGUGCAGGAUCUGGUGCGGGCCAUGGAGCAGGAGAAGCUGCAGGGCGUAGAGUGCAGCCUCCGCUAGGGCGGCGGGGCGGGGCGGGGGGCAGUUGGUUGCGCUGGGCUGGGACGCGCUCGGGGGGGUCGGGAACCUGAAGCCACUCGGCUCCUCUGUCCCGAGGCUCUGGCAUCUUGGGGGGCUUCUGGGGCGGCAUCACCCGGGGAACUCUGGGCUCUGCGAGCGCUUGGCCGGUGGGGGGCGGCCUCCGUGGGCCCGGCCUGUGCCGGGCGCUUUGCAGAGGGCCUGGGGCUUGGAGCGGCCUCACUCCGGCGGGGCCUCAGUUGCCUCUGCUGGACACCAGGCGGGAGGCAGCUCCCGCGGGGGCUGCGGGGGUGGCGGGUUCUGGCCCUGCUGUCCCCAUCCCCUAUCCUCACUGUGCCCCCUCGGCCCUGAGCUGGCACCAGGGCCCGCGGAGGGGCCACCGAGGGUGUCUGUGGCCGGGCACCGAGCCCUGGUGCAGAAGCCCAUGGAGCCCCGGGCACAGGGUGAGGCGCUGCGCAGCCCCACGCUCCUUUCUGAAGCGCCCACAGCCACGUGCAUGCGGAUGACACGCCCCGCGCCCGUCUGGCUCCCAUCCCCGUUCCAGUGCUGCCUUUUGGACUGUCAGGGUUCACAGUAGCCCGCGUGGAGUCGUCGUCCCCAGGACACUCUGUGAAGGCUCAGUAUCCCCUGAGUGCCCGGCCAGCCCCCGCUGCCCCGCGGGUGGAGAAAGCCCCGUGGCCCUGGAGCCCCGAGGGGCUGAGUUGUUGCAGCGGGCGGUGCUGUCGCCCGCCACUAGGUGCCGCCCUCGAGCAGGGUCGAGCCCCCAGGGAAGGGCCUGAGUUCAGGCUGCACCACAUCGUGCGUCUGGGCGGCGGUCAGGUUAAGCAAGCCGCCGGUGCAACCCCUCUAGACUGAGAGGCGUUCUCCAGACAGGCCGUCCUGGGCUGAGAGCAGGGAGGGACCAGGCAGGGGGACCGGCCAGGACUGGAGGACCGGCUGUGGGGUCUGGCAGAGCUGUCCUGACUGUGCCUCGGCCUGGCCCCGGGGCUGGGCUGGGAGCCACCCUCCCCGCUCUGCGAGCCCUGCUGUACCCUCCUGCAUGUGUCUCCUGCGAGCCGAAGGGAAAUAAAGGCCCGCUCCCGACACGCGGCUCUUUGUGCG